GCCCUUUUCCCCUGUGCUUCUUGGGGGACCCUGGCUGUCCAGCCAGUCGCAGCAUGCUGUCGUUCGCGUUCUCUGCUGCACCCAAGAAAUACCAAGCAAAAUGGCAUCGGCUCGCGGCUUACGAUCGCUGCAGCUCCCGGCAAACAAGCUUCCCAAGACUUGUGCUCCGCAUCAUCCUUCCAGCCCUGUGGCUACUGGGUGCGCAAGUUUGACAAUGGCAAGUGACAAUGGGAAAGAAGCGACAACCAACCGCCACCGAUGGCUUCAUGUGGUUCGUGCCAGCCGUGUGAGCACAGUUCACCGCUGAGAACGCGCAGGUCUGGUGGGUAUGACCGAAGACAAGACAGAUCAGCGGCGCAAAACAGGAAUCCUUUGGACAAUCGGUAUCACGUGCGUUUUGCAUUGAGCACACCCAUCCAGGAUACCCACACGUGAUGUCGCACGUGAUAUUGAUCCUCCUUUCCCACGUGCAAGGAAACCGACUUCUUAUUUUCAUCCUUCAUCGCAUAAUCCCAAGUCGACAUUACCCUCACGCCGGUCCGCUGACUGUCUACGCCCCCACGCUCCCAUACCUGGGAUAAACCACACAAUACAGCUGACCUCCACUCACCAGGCGCUCGUUGGAUCUCUACAAUACUCUCGUUGGAUUGCGUCACUGUCUAUAACAAUGCGCGGGCCUUGGCAAGAAGCUCAAAAUGCCCCGCAUGGGCCAGCCGGUUGAUAAAGGCGCCAUUCCCUAUGCAACCCCCGCCCUCGGACUUGACCCGACACUGUUAUCUCGAAUGCGACACCACAGAGAGGUGUCGGUAUAAUCGCUACGCAGCGUGCUUAUUGGCAGUCUACGAUAGGGAACAGCCAUUGCUCGGCGCCGAGUCCGUGAUCCCUUGUGUCCCGCUUUUUCCUGCUCAUUUGAGCAACCAUUGACUGUGGUUAUGCCAAGGCUAGCCAGCAGCUUCCUCCUGCGGAGGCAUUCCCACGCGAUGCGACCCUUGAAAGGGGUUUUAUUUUCUUGGUCAACUGCAUUGGGCAGGUCUUUUUUAUAUGCCGUGUCACAAGGUAGCGCCCUCAUAUCUUGUCACACAUCUUCCUAGCACCCUCUCCGGCUUCUCACCGCGGCGGCCCGAGUGUGGUCGAAUUGGCUCGCCGCAAUCACAACACAUACAUGCAUCAUCUCUUGAUCGCCAUCGUUGCCGAGUGGCAUACGGCCUGGCACACAUAGAGCUGAAACCACCUAGGGCAAGGACGCGUGGCUUUCUCGACUCUUUCUCUCCAACAUACUGACGAAAGCUUCAGGGCACCGGGGGACUGGAGUCCUCCAUAUGCCCACCACUUUGUUGGUUCUGCUGACAGCCUCGUAAUGCUUGGCACCGAUACUACCCCGACGGAUCACGACACAAAGGCGCAUCUCACGCAGAUGUUCCCCGCCUCCAUCUGCCUAGUUAAUCUUAGGGUCACAUUGUGGCAUAUCGGCUUCCGGCCCUUCCAAGUCCCUCUAUGACCAUGGUGGUGCGGAGUACGCCUACAAAAGCGACAUGAUGCUGCCGUUCGACCGCUCGUCCCUGUACCAGGACGACAGCUGGGCAUGCCCCCAUAGCUGAGACAGUAUUCACACAAAUACUGUAUAAUAUGCGUUCCCACACAUCUUUCGCCGGCUUUGUUGCCGCCCUGUCCCUUGCGUGUUCGGCCGUGGCCGAGCUCAGCAAGCCUCACUUGACUAACCCUGAGUUGAGAAACGCUGAUGUAUGGUGGCGCCAGGCCCGCGACAUGGAGGCUGAUCUCCCAGAGCACUCGUACAGAUCUGACGAUUGGGACAACAACUACAUCCCCGAAGUUUUCUUGUCGCUCUACUACCAAAGCGCCAGCUUCAACUAUAGCAUUUGGGACGUGGAAACAAAGAAUGUCUACUUUUCGGAUUGCCCGCACCCCAACGUCGUGAGUCGCCACCGGGGCUCCCAAAAGUCGUGGGACGAUGUAUUCAGGGCUUUUUCCAAGAGCCCCGUCGGUAUAAGGGCGCACAUGUCCAACCUCCUCAUCAUCCCGGACGAAGCGCUCGUGAACGUUGCGGGCUACGCACCGGCCACAGCGGCCGUGUUCGUCUCGCAGUAUUUCCACCUCCCGGUCAUGAUCCACGAGGGAUUCCAUGGACUCGACGUGAUCGCGUUUCGGGACAAGGUCGCGGGCCGCUACUCGGAAUGGAGCACGUGGUGGAGCGUCUACGACAAGGACAGCCAUGUCGUGACCGACUACGCCCGAACCAACCAAAUCGAAAACUUCGCCGAGACGGGCCACUGGGCCGUCGCCGACAUGACGCGGGGGCUGGCCAACUACACGACGCAUCGGGCGCAGGUCGCGAACCAGCUCGACCACGUGCGCGCCCGGCUGGGGGCCGUCCUGUUCCCGGGCGGCUGGCCCUCGGGCGGCGCCUGCACGCGCAAGGUGGCCGCGGGGCCCAUCGUGGACAAGCGCACGCUCGCGCGCCUGGACCUGGCGGGCGGGAGCCACAUCAUGGGCGGCGGCGACAGGGGCCUCGAGUGGGCAUUUGGGAACCGCGCCGGCGCCGGGGGCGUGCCCAUCAUUGAGCUGCCGGAGGAUCUUGACUGGACACCGCCCGAGCCCGUCUUGUUGAGCGGUGGUGGGGCGUACAACCUUGCUGUUCAGGGGGUGCUGCCUGGAAGCGUCUAGGGUGACUUGUGCUCAGGUGUUCAUGUGGGGUUGGAAGAGAUGCGUCUCGAUGACUACGCAGACACCUAGGCACAAACUUGGUUCUGUAAAUCUCUUCAUAGCCAAGAUGACAGCAGAAAUGAUCAUUCGCGGAUUCGAAGCCUCAGUA